AUGAAUAAACGAGAACAAUUGUUAUUUACAAUGAGUGCGGCUGAAGUCGGUUUCAGAUUUGCCCAGCACUAUAAUUCUAUGUUGAGCACCAAUUCACAGGAUGCAUUCAUGUUUUAUGACGAAGUCGGUGACUACCGAAUGAUAUAUGAAGAUGGAACUUCCGCCAUUGCCAAGAACUGGAAAUAAAUAAAUAGAAUUCUGAUGACCUCAUCGAAUAUUUUCAUCCACUCGGUUUAUUCGGAAACACGAGGAGAAUCUGUGGAACAACUGCUAAUUACGGUGAUGGGUGGACGGUUCAGAUAUGUGUUUUCCGCGGAUUACCGUUCGAACAGGGGACUACUUUACGCCAUAGUAAAGUCCGUGAUGCAAUAUUUUCUUGUAAACCAACCUACGCAGGUAACAACUUUCGUAGCAGGUGACAGUUUGCAGAGAAUACUGACAAUCACAAGCCAGCAGAAACUAAUAAAGUAAUCGUUUCGAAUGAUAUCGCCAAUUACAAUAAACCUACACAUAAUACCGUUAAUAAUAAAACUUUUACUGUUAUUACAACCGUUAAAUGCUUACCGAAGAGUAUUUCAAAACGUUUAACCAAUUCUACCGAAAUCGUUACCAUUUCCGAACCAUCUCUUGAUACCGUGAAUAUUGACGCAAAUUACGAAAUAACCGCCUAUAACACUUCGAUUAAUGUUAAAACGAGUGCGACUGAAGUAGGCUUCAGAUUUGCAAAGCGUUAUUACGCUGUAUUGACCACGAAACCCGAGAACGCGUACUUGUUUUAUGACGAGCUCGGCGACUACCGAACGAUAUACGAAGAUGGCACCUCCGUCAUAGCCAAGAACAGGAAAGAUCUAAAUAGCGUUCUGUUGAAUUCUAUGACCUUAUCUGACAUAGCCGUCAAAUCGAUUACUACGGAACCCUGUGGUGGAUCGUUGGACGAACUCCUAAUUACGGUGAUCGGUAUACGGUUCAAGCAUGUAUUUAUCGUGCAUUACCGUCCGAAUCGGGAACUACAUUACGCCAUAGUGAAGUCCGUGAAGCAAUAUUUUCCUGCAAAUCGACCUUCACGGGUAAAAACUUUCGAUGUAGGUUACAACUUUGAGGAGAAUAUCUGA